AAAUAAAAUUGUCCAAAUUAGAAAUUUAAUAAAAAUAUUUUGGAUGCAUAUAUUUAAAAUAACUCAACAUAAUUUAAUUGUUACUAACUUAAACUAUAAAAUGACGUUGAGAUUAUCCUGAUUGGUGAUCUAGAUCAAAAGUUAUUAGCCUGCAAAGUUUGGUAUUUUCUUAAUAGAUGGUAGGAUUUGAAACAUCUAAUUCUGGCCAGAAUUUGACAAAAUUCUAUAAUUUAGACCAGAACUAUGACUGGCUGAGAGGUAAUGCAGAUCAUAGCAUUUUUUCCCAUGGCACGACUAAAAAGACAAGCACAACACUGUCAAAAAAUAGCUAAAAAAAGAAAAAAAGCUGUGAAAGAUUUGUUCCAGAUUUUAUUUUUGAAAAUAUUGAUGAUUAAUAAAUUUGAAUUUUGGACAAGAUCGGUAAAUUCAGAAAAAGAUCGUGAGACAUUACAAAUUUUACAUGAUCUUGAUUUUCUUUAUCCUACACCGAGAAAAUUUUGUGAUCAAACAGAAACUCUAUGGAAUUGUAUUCAUGAAUCAUUGAAUGCAAAUAAAAAAGGUCAAGAUGGAAAAAGGCACAUUUUGUCUAUUAUUGCAGAACAAUUUCCAUAUUGUGAAUUAAAAAGAUUUGAAUCUAAAUGUGUCAAAAAACCUAUUUUUACACGAAUUACAAUUCCGCAUAAAAAACUUGAUCAGUUACAACAAUUUUUGGAUGAUAAAAACAAUGUAAUAAUGAGUAGCUAUAAAACAGAAACUAAAACUGGGCUUCCAGUAAAAUAUCUCAAAUAUACAAAAGAAUCUUUGUGGGAAAAAUUCAGCUACCAAUUUCCAGAUGGUGUUAAAAGAACAUCUUUUAUGACGUUCUUGCAAAAAAAACAAUAUAUUUAUCAAGAAAAUCUUGGUGGUCUUUGUUCAAUUUGA